GACCCUGCCACCUGACAGACAGAGAGACAGACAGACAGAUGGACUGUGUAAAUUUGGAUUGACAAGAGAAACUCGCAACAGGUCACACUGAAGAGAGCAGGUCAAGAUAAACAGAAUCUAGAGCAGACCCUCUUCUAUCCAUGGACGGUGGAGUUCAGCGGUCAAACGGCUCCAGGCCGGCAGGGUGCGGCUCAGGUCUGGAGGAGACUUACUGGCACCUGUGUGACACCUGGGGUAUCGCGGUCCAGGCCACCACUGCUUUGGGCUUCGUGAUGUGCGCGGGGCUGACGCUGGGCCUGCUGGUGUGGUGGGAACGCGCGAGCCGUGAGCGUGGGCGCGGAGCGGCCCUGCUGCUGUUCCUGCUGGCCACGGCGGGCGUAUUCGGUCUACCCUUCUCUUUUGUCAUCUCGCCAUCCGCAGAGACAUGCCCGGCGCGGGUGUUCCUGUUCGGGGUGGCGUUCAGCGUGGCGUUCGGCGCUCUGGUAGCUCGCGGUCUCGCCCUGCUGGGUGUUGGGCUGGCGCGCGGGUGGAGAGAGGUGGCCGUGAUCUUGACGCUGGCGCUGGUGCAAGUGAUUAUUGCGGCCGAAUGGUUACUGGUGGUGUUGAUCCGGGACGAGAGGCCGUGUGAGUUUUCGCAGGCGGAGUUCGCGAUGCUGCAGCUUUAUGUGAUGGUGCUGAUGGUGGCGGCACUGGCACUAGCGCUGCGCUUCUUCUGCCACGCGUACGUCACCUACAGCUACAGCCACACGGGGCAGACGCGUCUACGUGCCAAACUGCAAGCUGCACUGCUGGUCCUCACGCUGCUGCUGAGCGUGUGCGUCUGGGUCACCUGGAUCACUCUGCUCACGUACGGGAACCUCGUCAUGGGGCACAGACCGGUCUGGGACGACCCUGUGAUUGGCGUAGCUCUAGUUGCUAACGGCUGGGUGUUGCUGCUGGGACACGGGGUCGCUCAGGUCCGCUUCAUGUGCCAACAGGAGGGAUACGCAAAAGAUCCGCCACUGGACCUCACGGGGUGGACGAGAUCCCCAGAGGAACCAGCGGCCGAGCCAAAACCAGGCAGAGACAACGGUGGCUUCCAGCGGGACAUGGCCAGAAGGAGAGAUCAAGCCUUGGAAUCAUCUGGAAUCCCCAAGCAAGAAAUCAGUGCUGAGAAAGAUUACAGCAUCCCACGACCUACGACAACCAACAUCAACCAGCCAUAUGAUGAAUACUACGAACAUACAGUUUGAGGAAGAGCACGCACAGGGCUGGGCAAAAAUACAACAAAAUGUUUUUUUUAAAUCAAAAUAAACUACAAAAUACAGCGGCCACACCAUGU